AUGUCAGAAUCAUUAAUUCGACAACCUGGUGAUAUCGUCAAUGAAGUUUAUUCUAAAAAUAUUCCAUCGAUUGUUAAAAUGUGUCUUGAUGCCGGUGAUGAUCCAAGUGCACUUAUUGAAGAAGCUAAACGUGAACUUCAAAAAAUGGUUACUGAAAUGAUAGCUGAAGAUGAUGCUUUACUCGAACGUAAACGUAGUGAACUAGCACCAAUUCGUGCACGUUUUGAAUCACUUUAUCAUGAACUACAUCCAGAUAAAACAUGUCCACAAUAUGGAAAUACAUUACCUGUUCUUCAAGCUUUACGCACUUAUGUUGAUGAAUAUAAAAAAUUAAAAGAAGAACAUGAAAAAUUACUUGAACGUGAACCAGAUAUUCGUCGUGAAGAAAGACAAUUAUGUAAUGAAUUAAAUGAACGUUCAUUGCAAAUCGAUAAUUCAAAUUUUAAUUCAAAACAAUUAGUUACACAAAUAAGUCUCUUAUCUGAACAUAUUGCUGAAUUACGUGAAGAAAAAGUAAAACGUAUUAAUCAUUUAUCUGAAGUAAUUCGAACAUUACAUGAAUAUGAAGAAGUUUAUGGAUGGAAAAGACCAACAAUUGAAACAAUGGUUGGACGUUUAUUAUCACUCGGUCUAACUCAAAUUGAUCAAUAUACACUAACAAAAGAAGCUUUAGAACUUGUUGAUAAAGAAUUUGCUGAAAUAACUGAUCAAGUACAAAAAGCUGAAGCUUGUUUUGAACAAUCACAUAAACAAUUAUUAACAUUAAUGAGAAAACAUCAAUCAUUAAUUCCUAAUGAAAAAGCUGUAGCAGUUACAAAUAGUAACCAUUGUCGAAUAUCAAAAUUACCUGAUCUUAUUGCGGAAGUUGAUCGAUAUACGGAACAUGCAAUGGAAAAAUUAACAAGUGAUAUAUUAAAAGCACGUGAACGAAUUCAUGUUAUACUUAAUAAACUUUCAGUAAAUGAUGUCACUCAUGAUUCAAAAUAUGCUAUUUUAUAUAAUAAUGAUUUUACAGACGAUGUAUAUUUUAUGCAUGAAGAACUUGUGCAAGAAUUAGAAGCUCAAUAUGAAGUUAAUAAAUCAAUGUAUGAACAAAUUGAAGUAUGGAAUCAAUUAUUUCUUGAAUUUCAAGAAUUUGAAAAAAAUGCUAGUGAUCCACAACGUUUUCAUCGUCGUGGUUAUAGUGCACUUGCAGAAGAAAAAACUCGUAAAAAAUUAGAAAUAACAUUACGAGAAUGUGAAUUACGUCUUCAAAAACUUGCUAAUGAAUUUAUUGAGAAAAAUAAUGGACAACCAUUUAUAAUGAAUGCUAAUGGAAAAGAAAUCGCAGAUUAUAUUACACAACGAAAAGAAGAUUAUGCUAAAGCAAAAGAACGAGAACGUGAAGCGGCAAAAGCUGCACUUAUUACAUCCACAGGUACAAUUGUCGGACGCACACCAUUAAAAACAAAACAAAUUACUGGUACAACACCAAGUGUUGUAUCAAAACGCCCUGAUCAAAGUACAAAUAUUCGUACACCAUUGACCACAUCUCGUCGUGUCGGUAUUCCACACUUACCUACAGGCAAAACACCAUUAGAUAAUUCUACAAUGAAAACACGAUCACAACAAAAACAAUUACAAACAACAAAACGUAUUAAUAUGGAUGCAACACCAUCAACAAUUGUUACACCUGUUAAACAACGUCGUCUUAUCGAUCAAAUUGUUAAUACGACUGAAAAUACAUCAACACAUAGUUUAGUAGUAGAAAAUACAACUAUGGGUUUGAAAUCUUCAAUGAUGGUAUAA